AUGCUCUCUGGCUUGGCUCUGCGAGCGCUCGAUGCCAUCGGCAAACCGCAAGACGAGGAGCGAGUGCGUCAGGAGAUGCGAGGCGGAGCUAUGGAGACCUACAAGUUGGUCGUGGUCGUGGUGAAGCCUUUCGUGGAUGCCAACAUGUGGCGGAAGGGCCUGGCACAGCGUUUGAGCAACCUCGAGGAGAGGACGCAAGAGACUCAGAAAGCCAUCCUGGUGGUAGUACGGAACACCAAGGCUCUGCUUGCGCACGAGAUCACCGAAAGCGAGUACCGGGAGACCGCCAAGGAGGUGGCCGAGAUGAUGCAGAAGAGCAUGACCGGGCUCGUCUCGCUGGCGGUGCAAUUGUACAAGGCCAUCCGAAUCGCCGAGGAGAAGAGAAAAGAGACCGAGGCCAAGGUCACGAUGAGUGUGAGCACCCUGGCGUCUUCGUUGGACACUGUCGAGGUGGCCGUCGACAUGGGCGACAAGUUCGUCUUCGACGAAGCCACCAAGGAGUGCGUCGCAUCGGCGACGCAUCUGUCCGUCGAGGCCGGCAAGCUGCAGCUGCUGGAGCAUCAGCUGUCGCUGCAGGAGCUUCUGCUCGACUUCGUGCAGAAGGGCAAGGAGCUCGAUUUCAGCCCGCCCGCUCCGCCGCCCCCGCCCGGCCAAGAUUUCUACGCCGACCUCAACCUCGACGCGGCCAAGCGCACCGACGACGAGCUCAAGGACUCGCAAGACAAGCACAAGACCAAGUCAUUCUUCACGCUGCGCGGCAGCAAGGACAACGUGAGCACGGAGCCGUCGACGAUGCGCCAGGCCAAGGUGUCGCGCUGGAAGACGGCCCGCAAGAAGCUGAACGAGGCCGCGAAGCACUCGGUCGAUGCCAUCUACCAAAAGCUCAAGAGCGAGGAGGUUCUUGAUUACUCGGUUGAGGGCAGCACGGCUGACCUGAACGUGGCGCGCGACGACGUCGAAGAGGAUGCGGUGCCUCGCGCCCGGAGCCAGCCCGUCGCGCGAUUCAGUGAUAGAAUGGAACACGUAAUCAUGGAGCUUCAGAACUACGCGCUCAGUGCGUCGGCAGAUAAGGCAGCACUGUUUGCGCAGUCCAAGACCGACCUGUUUUCAUGGGUCAAGUCGGCCACCGUGAUGACGAUUGGCACUCUGAUUCGUGCGGAGGACCUCGACUUUCCGGGCACCACGCUCACGCCCGACGCCAUGGGCAAGAUUCUGGGCACGGCCAUCGCUGCUCUCGACAAGUAUUCCAAUACGAGAGGCCAGGUGAACGAGAGUGCCAUCACAGCGGCUCGCGAGGCGGGCGGCACUCAAGCCCUUCAGGUCGAAGAGCUGCUCUGGGAGCAGAUUGCGGACGAGUCGAGUAAGACGUCAACCAUCAUCUUGCAGAUGCUGUCGGCGCUCAAGGUGAUCAAGGUGGCAUCAACCCCAGAACAAGCCACGGUUCUUUACUUGCCGGCGACGGUGGUCACACUGUGCAGCACCAUCCAGCGCCUGCAGGACCUUGUCGAAACCGCCGCGCUUCUAUCGCUCCGCUCCAAGUGGGCCGACGCUCAGGCACGCACACGAACACGCACCGCCGCACACGCCCAUGCGCACCCACCACCUCACAUGUACAUGACGCUAACUCAAACCUGUGCGUGCAGGAGGGCGGACACUUCGGUCGCGUGA